GGUUAUGGAUGGUUGCUUUGGGUGUCAUAAUUUUGUAACUUAUGUAUAAUGAAUGAAUAAUUACUUGCAAAAUUAGGUUUACUUGUAAUUAAGAAUGUCAAGUAAUAUGGCACACAGUACAGAACUGAUACAAUUUGAAGUUGAUACUUUUUGAAGUGCGGUUAGGUGUGUUUAUUGGCAUAUUUACACCAAACGGUUGUAGUACUUGCGGAAUUUAAAGUAACUGAAAUUAUAUUUUUAACAUUGACCCUUCUUUGGAAGGCUAUUCAUUCAAAAACAAAUGACAACUUUAGAACUGAAGGAUGCAAAAACCGUACCUGAUCCUAUUCGUACAUAUCCAAAAAAUGUUCGAAACUCGUCAGUGCCUCUUGUGAUAGACAAUGGGUCAUACCAAUGCCGAGUUGGUUGGGCAACACAGAAAGAACCAUUGCUUAUAUUCAAGAAUUUAAUUGCAAAACCUAGAAAGGAACGUGGCAAAAAGGAUGGUGAGACUCAAGUUGGAAAUGACAUCACAAAUGUUGAAGCAGUCCGAUUCCAGCUCAAAACCCAGUUUGAUCGAAAUGUUGUAACACAUUUUGAGGCUCAAGAGCAGGUGUUUGACUACAUGUUCACACACCUGGGGAUUGACACUGAAGGUCACAUUAGCCACCCAAUAGUUAUGACAGAGGCAUUCUUGAAUCCAAACUAUUCACGGCACUUGAUGUCUGAACUUCUGUUUGAAUGCUACGGAGUUCCAAGUGUGUGUUACGGUAUAGAUGGCCUAUUUAGUUUUCGAUAUAAUAAUCCAAAGUGUUCUGCUGCAUUAAUCAUAAAUUGUGGAUAUCACACAACUCAUAUUUUACCAGUGAUAAAUAAUCAAGUAGAUCUAACACGAAGCAGACGGAUUAAUGUAGGUGGUAUUCACAUCAUCAACUACCUGCAUAGGUUGUUGCAGCUUAAGUACCCAGCUCACUUUGCAGCCAUCACUCCAAGCAGGGCUGAGGAGCUUGUACAUGAACAGACAUUUAUAGCUGUGAAUUACCAAGAAGAAUUAAGUCUUUGGGCAGAUUCGGACCACUAUGAUGAUAAUGUGCGGCGCAUUCAGUUGCCCUAUAUUGUCCAAACAGUUGCACCUGGUCUUACACCUGAACAACAAAAGGAACGGCGUAAGGAGCUAGCAAGACGACUCAUAGAAAUAAAUGCACGCAAACGAGAAGAAAGGCUAGCAGAAGAUGAAGAGCAGCUGAACCAACUUCUAGCUGCACAAGAUUUAGAAGAGGGAGAAGAAAAUGAAUUUCAGAAAAUACUAGACUUUUAUGAGUUAUCAAGUGGAAGUGAUCUACAGAAGCUGAUUAGCCAACUUCAGGCCAGAAUUGAAAGAACAAAACAGAAGAUAGCUGCAGCAAACACUACUGAAGACAGUGUGACAGAGGACCCUAAACCCAAAAUUUUAAAACAAAAUGUAAAACCAAAGGAUGAAGAAGACUUUGAAACAUGGAUUGCAAGAGUAAGGAAGAGGAGACAAGAGAUUUUGGAGAGACGCAAUGCUCGACGUCAACGCCGACAGGACAUGGCCAAGCGACGUACGGCAGCUGCCCAGGAGCGUAUGAGACUCAUCAGUCAGCUUGCACGUAAGGAGAAGCGGGAUGACAAUUUUGGCAUGCGUGAUGAAGACUGGGAUGUCUACAAAGCAAUAAAUAAGGAAGGAGGAGACUCAGACAGUGAUGAAGAACAGAAACUGCUUGAGUUGGAGGAUGUACUUCGUCACCAUGACCCAGAAUUUGAAGGUUCUAGUUCAUCAGGGACUGCUGGAAGUGGCAACUGUGGUAACACAGCUGAAACUCACCAGCUUCAUGUAGGCAUUGAACGUAUUCGGGCCCCUGAACUCCUCUUCCAACCAUCCAUGAUUGGCUCAGGAGAGGCAGGACUGGCAGAGACCAUAGAAUUUGUUUUGCGUGGAUAUCCAGCUGAUGUUCAGACUGCACUGGUGAGCAAUGUCUUCCUGACUGGUGGUUGUGCAGCAUUCCCUGGUUUUACAGAGAGACUUCAUCGUGAACUGCAGGAGAUGCGUCCAUUCAAAUCCACAUUCAGUAUCACCACUGCUGCCAACCCAACACUUGAUGCUUGGUAUGGAGCUCGCACAUUCUCUUCUUCUCCAGAUCUCAGCCAGUAUCUUGUCACCAGAUCAGAGUAUGAGGAGAAAGGUGGCGAGUAUCUAAAGGAACAUAAUAAUUCCAACAAAUAUUAUCCCUCACCAACACCCCUUCCUCAAGCAGAGACCAUUCCAUUAGCUGUUAGUGGAGAAGAAAUUGAAAUAGAUGUGUUCUGAGUACUGAUGUACCAACUACAAAGUAACUUGUAAAGAAUGAUGUUUAUAGUUUCAAAUAAACAUUAAUAAAAUGAAUAUACAAAAUUUA